UUGGUGCAGGCAGGGGCUGGUGCAGGCAGGGGCUGGUGCGGGCAAGGUCUGGCACAGGCGGCUCUGGUGCGGGCAGGGUCUGGUGCGGGCAGGGUCUGGUGCGGGCAGGGUCUAGCACAGGCAGGAUCUGGCACAGGUAGCUCUGGCACAGGCAGCUCUGGUGCGGGCAGGGUCUGGUGUGGGCAGGGUCUAGCACAGGCAGGAUCUGGCACAGGUAGCUCUGGCGCAGGCAGCUCUGGCGCAGGCAGAUCUGGUGCAGGCAGGGUCUGGUGCAGGCAGGGGCUGAUGCGGGCAAUGUCUGGCACAGGCGGCUCUGGCACAGGCAGCUCUGGUGCGGGCAGGGUCUGGUGCGGGCAGGGUCUGGCACAGGUAGCUCUGGCGCAGGCAGCUCUGGCGCAGGCAGCUCUGGCGCAGGCAGCUCUGGUGCAGACAGGGUCUGGUGCGGGCAGGGGCUGGUGUGGGCAGCCCCACCAGUUCAGCUCCUCCAACGUGGCUCCUGUGUCUCGGUCCCUCUGCAGCCCCAGGGCCCUACAGCUCUGCAGUGUCACCCUCCUGCUGGGCGCCGCCCUCCUCCUGCCCGCAUCCGGGGGCACCCAGGUUCCCAGCGACGCCGGACGUGAGGACCUGGCUGCGGAGCAGGAUUUGCCCAAGGAGAUCAUCCUGGGUGCAGGAGCCGUGGAGCCGCCGCAGGAGGCUGAGAUGAGCAGAGAGGUGGUACCAGGGAUCAAGGUCUUCUCCAGCAGCGCUGCAGCUCAAGGGAGCCCCGGCCAAACCCAGGUGGGACCCGAGAAGGACCUUGACCAUCUCCACCACCCCGAGGACCGUGCCAGGGAGGCCGAUGUCCGCGGGCCACCCCGGAUGCCCUCCCCACAGGUGCAGAGGGGCCCGGAGAAGGACCUCGACCACCUCCACCACGGCUGAGCUGAGCUGCCCCUGGGGCUUCCCGAGGGGCCUGGUACCCCCCUCCCCACCCAUGAGCCCCCAAUAAACCCAUCUGGCCCUGCACCUCCUGCUGGGCUCCUCAGUGCUGCCAGAAAGCCCUCGCUAAGUGCAGGGCCCCCAAAUCUGGGGGUUCCCCCUCCUGUGGCUCGCCCUGAGACCCUGGGCAGGGGGAGGAUGGUGCCUCGGGCUGAGUUCAGCCCCUCCCUCGGGCCUCGGGUCAGCGCAGGAGGCUGAGCAACCUCAGCACAUGGGUGUUGUGCAGAGGGACAAGGGGGUGACAAAGGGGUUUCUCCACCAAGAGAUGAGGAAACCAAAUCAGUGCUGCUCAUCCCUUUGGGGCCACCAGCACCCCUGGCGGGGGCCAUUGCAGUCAAAUGGGGCUGGGCAGGCCAGGGGGGCCAGGGGGAGCGCGGCAGCACAGGUGGCGCAGACCCGGGCAGGGGGUGGCACGGGGGCUGUGCUCAGCUCCUCCAGAGACAGUGGCAGCAGGACAAGGGACGCUGCCGGCACCUCCUGGUGCCUGAGGGGAAGAUCCUGACCGGGGUCCCCACACUCAGACCACGCUGGCGCUUGUCUGCCCAUCACUGUUUAUUGGUGCUGCCCGGCAGCGCUUCCUCUCCUGCUCAGAGCUGGGGGGACUUGAGCAGGGGACCCUCACUCCUGUCUGGCUCUGGGGGUGUCGAUCCAACCCGCAGGGGCCGGAGAGGCGGGAAGAGCCUCGGUGCCCGGGAGAGGUGUCUGUAGGACCAUGUCGUCCUGUGCUCCCGCAAGACGGUGGUGCCUGGGGGUGAGGAACAGGGUCAGAGGCACCCACAAGCAGGUCCUGGUCCCCAUCCUGCAGCACACAGGCUGGGGUCCCACCCUGCCCAGGACCACCCCCACCUGCACCCCCCACACCAGGAUGCUCCAGCCCCCCGGGCUCCUCGCAGCUCUGCAGGCUGGGAAACCCUCUCCCGGCAUUUUACCCCAGCUGCAGGGGGAUCUGGUGGCUGCUGCCCGCUUUCCCGUCAGCUCCAGCCAGCCCCAGCUUUCCAAAGGCCUCCUCCAGCUGCCUGACCUGGGAACGGCGGUGGGGGCAGAGUCAGGGCACGGCCCCUGUGUCGUCCCAGCACAGGGGCCCUUUGGCUGCCCCUCCCUGCCCAAAUCCUCCCACCAUCCCCACAGCCCCCUCGGGGACUGCUGCCAGCUCACCUUCUGCUUCACGUGCUGGAGCUCCCAUUCCAGAGCCUGCAGGGAGGACACCUGGCUCUGGACAGAGGACGCCUGGGUCUGGAGGUCAGCCAGGAUGUGCGCCAUGCUCUGCUGGCCUAGAGGGCACGGGCCAAGGGGACAUGCUGUCCGUGAGGGGGUCUCGCCCACAGGGCCGGGCCCUGAGCAGGAUGAGACCCCGACUCAGGGUGUCCCCAUGUCAAACACCCCCCGCCAGCUCCCCAAGGCUCUCACCUCCCCCCGGGAGGAGCUGGCACAGCUUCCUAAGCUCAGCACGGUCCAGCUUGGUGUCUCUCAGCUGGUCCACUCGAUUCAUUAGGAUGCCAAAUAAGUGGUCAAGAUGCCCUAGAUGACUUUUAAACUCCAAGAGCUGGACCUGGUAUAGAGAAUCUAAGGUGCACGACAACUCCAACUCCCCCCAAGUUGUGUCUGGCUCUUGCUUAGAGGACUUUGGCUGUAUCCCUGGCAUGGAGACACUGGCAUCAGACAUCCUUGUCUGUUCGGAGGGGGCCCCAGCCCACUUCGCAGGGCUCGCUGGUGUUCCCUGCGUCCCUUCCUGCAUCCCCUGAGAGACAGGCUGUAACCUUAGAGUUCCCUUGCUGGUCCUGGGCACAGGCUCUGUCCCUGGUCCCUUCAGGUUCGGCUGGACCCCCCAGUCCUGCCCGGCUCUCGGGGUGCCGAUCCAUCCUUCAGGGGCCAGAGUGGUGGGAAGAGCCCCGGUGCCCAGGAGAGGUGUCUGUGGGACCACUUCGUCCUGUGCUCCGGCAAGACGGUGGUGCCUGGGGGUGAGGAGCAGGGUCAGAGACACCCACAAACAGGUCCUGGUCCCCAUCCUGCAGCACACAGGCUGAGGUCCCACCCUGCCCAGGACCACCCCCACCUGCACCCCCCACACCAGGAUGCUCCAGCCCCCCGGGCUCCUCUCAGCCCUGCAGGCUGGGAAACCCUCUCCCGGCAUUUUACCCCAGCUGCAGGGGGAUCUGGUGGCUGCUGCCCGCUUUCCCGUCAGCUCCAGCCAGCCCCAGCUUUCCAAAGGCCUCCUCCAGCUGCCUGACCUGGGAACGGCGGUGGGGGCAGAGUCAGGGCACGGCCCCUGUGUCGUCCCAGCACAGGGGCCCUUUGGCUGCCCCUCCCUGCCCAAAUCCUCCCACCAUCCCCACAGCCCCCUUGGGGACUGCUGCCGGCUCACCUCCUGCUCCACAUCCUCCAACUCACAGUCCAUACCCUGCAGGGAGGACACCCAGCCCUGCAGGGAGGACACCUGGCUCUGCAGGUCAGCCAGGGUGCGGGCUGUGCUCUGCUGGCCUAGAGGGAACGGGCCAAGGGGACAUGCUGUCGGUGAGGGGGUCUCACCCGCAGGGCCGGGCCCUGAGCAGGAUGAGCCCCCACUCAGGGUGUCCCCACAUCAAACACCCCCCGCCAGCUCCCCAGGGCUCUCACCUCUCUCCAGGAGGAGCUGAUGCUGCUUCUCAAACUCAGCACGGUCCAGCUUGUUCUUUGUCAGUUGAUCCACCUGAUGCUUCUGGGUGACGUAGAAGCAAUCGAGAUGCCUCAGAUGCCAGGGAAUCUCCAUUACCUGGACAUGGUAUCCAGAAUUUAAAGUGGUGGCCAAGGCCUCCCAGGGCACAGCUGUGUCUUGCUUGGAGGAUCCUGAGUGCAUCCCACGCUGGUUGUCCAUGUCUGACCGGGGGGGGCUUGGCAGGGGCAGACCGGCCCCCAGUGCUCUCCUGGGAAGAGAAGGCAAAGAAAGUGAUCCAACCACUGAGAAUGGUCAAACCAGCGAGUGGUCAAACCACCAAAAGUGAUGAAUCACUGACAGUGCCGAACCACUUAGAGGGAUCCAACCACUGAGAGGGAUCCAACCUCUGAGAGGGAUCCAACCACCAGUGAUCCAGCCUGUGGGAAUAGCAAGACGUGCAGUUCCAGCCACCUGGAUGAUAAAGGAAGAUCAAUACUAACAUGACCAUCCGGAUGGUCCAAGAAGAAAUAAUACUAACAUAAUUAAAUCACAGCAAUUAGGCAAAAUAUAAAAGGCCUUGGAUAGGUUGUACUGAAGUAUGUUGUUCGUAAUUGUAAGGAGUGAUAGCCCAGGCUCGUGAGAAUGGUUUCUCGGGCCAGAAAACCACCCCCCAAUACAUGUGAUGUGUGAAUGUUGUUGGGGCUGGUUUGUGAAGGAGUGGGAAAGUGAUUGAAACUGACACAACACGAGCCUGAUGUGUUCGGAAUAACAAUGACUGAGGAAACAUCCUGUCCCAGCUGGGUGAAGGGACCCACAGGGAUGGGGAUGCAGAGGGCUCCCUCCUCACGGGAAAGAGAUCAGGGAACCACCUGGUGAUGACGCGAAUAGAGAAACCUUGAUGAAACAUCAUCAUCAGUGGCCACUGUGUAAAUUAGAUGAGGAAGAAAAGUGGCCUCUUAAUGAAGCUUUGAGUUGUGGUACUUUCGUGCAUUCUUGAGGAGAGAAUGAAAGCGGAGUCAAGUUACAUAUGCUGAUAUAUUAUUCACUUUGCCAGAUCACUCAGAGUGGCAUUAACUUGGCAUCACAGGAUCCUUUUAACGUUGGAAAAUGUUAAAAUCAUGCCCUAAGAGGGGAGGAUAUAAGAUGAUGUGCCCCCAUGGGGGGUGUAGAACUGAAGAGUAUGAGCCUUCACCUUUUGAGGUGGUAGAUGAUGAAGCUUUGCAGAGAGAAGAGGAAAAUAGGGAAAGAAAUAGAGUUUUAACUGAUACUGAAGCACCUUAUUCGGUUUUGAAUCAGGAAUUGAUACCUUUAGAUAAAGAUUUUGUCACUGUAGUGGAAGCUACUGACCAACAAGAUAAAGCUUUUUCUUUUUACAGCAAAUUAAAUAUACAUUGAGAAAAUAAAUUGGAAUUCGUAAGUUCUUAUAUAUGCCUGGGUCUGCGAAACUAAGACCAGACCUAUUAAAACAAUUGAAAGCAAUAACAAUAUUCAAACAAAGUGACAUUUAAGAUUAAAAAAAAAAAUGAGAUUUUAAAUUUGGUAAUGAUUCAAACUGACAAGCAAAGCCAAAAUACCUCAGGAAGUACUGGACCAAGUAUUUCCAGGGGUAUGGGCUUCAAGACUUCCUGGUAAAUCAAAGAAUGCAUAAGAACUGCAAAUUAAUUUGAAACCUGGAACCGGACCAGUCAGAAUCAAAAAAUAUCCUCUGAAAUUUGAGGAUGGGAGGGGAAAAAACAAUCAGUAUCUUCCUGCAGUUUGGGCUGCGGAUCGAACGCAAGUAAAGAGACAAGAUGGUAAAAGCUACAACGUUAGUGCGGAUUUGAGAGCAAGCGAGGCCGCUCGGGCGCCAUCUUGCGGGCACGACGCUGCGGCCGUUGGCGCCAACGGCGGCGGCGCGCGGGCGGGGCUGAGGCCGGAGCGCCGCGAGGCCGCGGGGUCUGGCUGGGACCCGGUCACUGUUCCUUCCAUGAAUAGCCGAGAACUACCAGCUUCUACCAGUUCACACAAGGCUGAGCGCGUCUCCUGCCCUGUGCCCAAGUUUCUGUUACCUCGUUCACCCAAGGAUUAUUAACUUUGCAAGACGUCAGCGAACUCCUGUUUCUCGUACGGUAAGUUACACAGAGCUAAGCGAGGCCGGGCAAUAGUGAUGUGGGUUAAAGGGUUAACUCUCUUUAGUGAUGUGGGGUAGGAUUAGUUCUUUAAGUGUUAAUCAGUUAAUUGUCAGUUCCCUGUAUCAAGAUUUCCUGUGUUCAGCUGCAAAAUCUGAGCAGAUUCCCCUCUCUGCCUUUCUUAUGGUUCUUAACUGGUCUGUUAAUUUAGAAUCUCACUACAACUUUUCCACAGUCGAUUUCUGGCUUAAAAACAAAGCAAGCUGUCAGUACCUAUGUAACAUACAAGCAUAAGGUAGUCUCUGUGACAAGAAUCAGUUUUUUAAAGUCACAUAUAUCUUGCAUGAUGCAUACCCUAAACCCACGACAAGUGUCAUUAUAUAUUUGUUAUAUAUUAUAUAUUUGUUGCGUGUUUGUAAACCUGGUUUAACCAUAGCACAUGGGGUGCAAGAUGGACCCUUGCCCACUGGUUUGCCCGGUGUGCUCCCAGUUAUUCCAGUGCAGGUGGCACUGUGGUUUCUCCCCCAACCCUGAGAGGUGCCACCGGUUUUGUCACCCACCCCCACGUGUCACCGUGAGUGUGCAUGGGGGAGCCACGAGUGUCCCCAGUGCUUUGUCCACAGCCAAGUCCUGCCCCAGGUCCCCCCACGCUGCUUCCAGGGCCGGGGGUUUCCCUGCCCGGUACCUCUCCACUCGUGACACAGCUGGUGCGGGGUCUCAGCACAGAGUGGUUUCUCCCACAUGAGGGUGAGAGCAGCCCCAACAAUCACAGGCCCUGGUUGUGGUGGGCAAUUUUAACUUCCCUGAUGUUUGAAGGACUACGCGGCCAGCCAGCCGCAGUCUAGGAGGUUCCUCCAGUGCCUUGACGAUAACUUUGUGAUGCAAAGGGUGGAGGAGCCGACUAGGAGAGGUGCACUGCUGGACCUCAUCCUCACUAACAAGGAGCAUCUGGUUGAAGCGGUAAAGGUUGAGGGCUGCCGUGGCUGCAGCGACCAUGAGAUGGUGCAGUUCAGGAUCUCAUGUGGCAGGAGCAGGAUGGCAAGCAGAAUUGCAACCCUGGACUUCAGCAGGGCUAACUUUGGCCUUUUCAGGCAAUUGCUGGGGGAAAUCCCAUGGACAAGGCUGCUUGAAGGUAAAGGGGCCCAAGAUAGCUGGAUUGCAUUCAGAGAUUGCUUCUUCCACGCUCAGGAUCAGAGCAUCCCCACAUGUAGGAAGUCAAGGAAGGGAGCCAGGAGACCUGCGUGGUUAAACAGGGAACUGCUGGGUGUGUUCAACUGGAAGAGGAGAGUUUAUAGAUCAUGGAAGGAGGGGCUGGCCACUUGGGGAGAAUAUAAGGCUGUUGCCAGAGGGUGUAGGGAGGCAACUAGGAAAGCUAAGGCCUCCUUAGAAUCAAACCUGGCAAGAGGGGUCAAGGACAACAGGGAGAGCUUUUUCCAAUACGUGGCAGAUAAAACUAACAGCACAGGCAAUGUAGGCCCACUGAGGAACAAGGUGGGUGCCCUGGUGACAGAAGAUACAGAGAAGGCAGAGUUACUGAAUGCCUUCUUUGUCUCUGUCUACUCUGCUGAAAGCUGUCCUGAGGAGCCCCGUACGGCUGAGGCCCCAGAGGAAGGCAGGACAAUGGAGGAGUUUGUUUUGGUUGAUGAGGACUGGGUUAGGGAGCAGUUAGGCAAUCUGGACAUCCAUAAAUCCAUGGGUCUGGAUGGGAUGCACCUGUGGGUGCUGAGAAGGCUGGCUGAGGUCAUUGCUGGACCGCUCUCCAUCAUCUUUGCCAAGUCUUAGGAAACGGGGGAGGUGCCUGAGGACUAGAGGAAAGCAAAUGUCACACCAGUCCUCAAAAAAGGCAAGAAGGAGGACCCGGGUAACUAUAGACCGGUCAGCCUCACCUCCAUCCCUGGGAAACUGAUGGAAUGACUUAUCCUUGGUGCCAUCUCAAGGCAUAUCAGGUCUAAGAGGAUCAUUAGGGGCAGUCAGCAUGGCUUCACUAAGGGGAAGUUGUGCUCGACCAACCUCAUAGCCUUUUAUGAGGACAUAACAAGAUGGAUGGAUGAUGGCAGAGCGGUGGAUGUGGUCUACCUUGAUUUCAGUAAGGCAUUUGACACAGUCUCCCACAGCAUCCUCACAGCUAAACUGAGGGAGUGUGGUCUGGAUGAUCGGGUAAUGAGGUGGACUGUGAACUGGCUGAAGGGAAGAAGCCAGAGAGUUGUGGUCAGUGGGGCAGAGUCCAGUUGGAGGCCAGUAUCUAGUGCAGUGCCUCAGGGGUCAGUACUGGGGCCUGUACUAUUCAGUAUAUUCAUCAAUGAUUUGGAUGAGGGAACAGAGUGACUGUCAGCAAGUUUGCUGCUGACACCAAGCUGGGAGGAGUGGCUGACACUGGAAGCUGUGCUGCCAUCAGAGACCUGGACAGGCUGGAGAGCUGGGCAGGGAGAAAUUUAAUGAAAUAGAACAAGGGAAAGUUUAGAAUCUUGAAUCUGGACAGGAACAGCCCCAGGUUCCAGUACAAGUUGGGGAAUGAUCUGUUAGAGAGCAGUGUAGGGGAAAGGGACCUGGGGGUCCUGUGGACAGCAGGAUGACCAUGAGCCAGCACUGGGCCCUUGUGGCCAGGAAGCCAAUGGUACCUGGGGUGGGUUAGAAGGGGGUGGUCAGUAGGUCAGAGAGAUUCUCCUGCCCCUCUGCUCUGCCCUGGGGAGACCACACCUGGAAUAUUGUGUCCAGUUGUGGCCCCUCAGUUCCAGCAGGACAGGGAACUGCUGGAGAGAGUCCAGCGCAGCCACCAAGAUGCUGAAGGGAGUGGAGCAUCUCCCGUGUGAGGAAAGGCUGAGGGAGCUGGGGCUCUGGAGCUGGACAAGAGGACACUGAGGGGUGACUCAUUCAUGUUUACAGAUAUAUAAAGGGUGAGUGUCAGGAGGAUGGAGCCAGGCUCUUCUUGGUGACAACCAAUGAUAAGACACAGGGUAAUGGGUUCAAACUGGAACACAAAAGUGCUGAUGGGGCUUUGCUCCAGGGCUGGGAAGCAUCAGCUUCCCUGAGCCAGGGAGGUGGGGGGUCGGGUCCAUCCUCUUCCAAACCAUGGCAGAGCUGGCAGAGGGAAAAGGGGGUGACAAGGGGGGUUUCUCCACCAGGAGAUGAGGAAACCAAAUCUGUGCUGCUCAUCCCUUUGGGGCCACCAGCUCCCCUGGCAGGGGCCAUCGCAUUCAAACAGCGCUGGGCAGGCCAGGGGGGCCAGGGGGAGCGCGGCAGCCCAGGGCGGCGCAGACCCGGGCAGGGGGUGGCACGGGGGCUGUGCUCAGCUCCUCUGGUGACACGUGGCCGUAGGACAAGGGACGCUGCCGGCACCUUCUGGUGCCUGAGGGGAAGAUCCUGACCGGGGCCCCCACACUCAGACCAUGCUGGCACUUGGCUGCCCAUCACUGUUUAUUGGUGCUGCCCGGCAAUGCUUCCUCUUUUGCUCAGUGCCGGGUGCGGGGAGGCUUCAGCCGGGGACCCCCAGUCUUCUCUGGCUCUGGGGGUGCUGAUGCUUCCCUCUGGGGCCGGAGGGGCGGAAGCAGCCGGGGACCCCCAGUCCUGUCUGGCUCUCGGGGUGCCGAUGCUUCCCUCUGGGGCCGGAGGGGCUGGAGCAGCCGGGGACCCCCAGUCCUGCCUGGCUUUCGGGGUGCCGAUGCGUCCCGUGGGGGCUGGAGCGGUUGGAGCAGCCGGGGACCCUGAGUCCUGCCCGGCUCUCGGGGUGCAGAUGCGUCCUGUGGGGGCUGGAGAGCCGGCAAGAGCCCCGGUGCCCGGGAGACGAGGGAUGAGGCCGACUUGUGCUCUGAGGAGGCGGUGGUGCCUGGGAGCGAGGAGCAGGGUCAGAGACAUCCACAAACAGGGUCCUGGUCCCCACUCUGCAGCACACAGGCUGGUGUCCCACUCUGCCCAGGACCAUCGUCCCACACCGCCCCCCGACUCCAGCUCCAGCACAGGGAUCUGGUGUGCCAGCCACCACUGCCUGGUGGCCGGGUUGUCCCCCUGCCUUGGGGACAGCUGGGGCUUGUCCCUCGGGAAGCCUGGCAGGAGAGACCAGAGGGAGCUGGGCUGGGGAAAGCCAGGGGGAAGACCUGGCAUCCUGCAGGUGUCCUGCCUGCCCCGCUGUCCCCUUCAGGCCCCCCGGGUGCCCUCCCAAAGAGCACCCCGACGCACCUUCCUUGCCCCCCAGCACAGGCAGCUGUCCAUCCUGCCGGUCCCUGGAGCUGCGUCUGUCCUUGUCCAACAGCUCCGUCACCUCGUGCUGGGAAAGAGAGAGCGGGCUGGCUGAAACACGGGGCCCCAUUCGGCAUCCCCAACAACCCUCCCACAGACAGCUCUCCCUGGGGAAACUGAGGCACAGAUCCCCAUUCCAGCCUCAGACACCGCCACUGUAACCCUACCUGUGUCACCCUGAGCUUGCUGUGGAGCCGAGCGAAGGACUGGAGUGGCCGCGGAGUGCUGGGUGGGUGCGGCUGCAGGCAGUGCUGCAGCGGGGGGGUGACGGUGUGCUGGUCCCCGCAGCUCGGCGGCACAGGCGGGUGCUGGCACUCAUCUGUCUGCUCCCUGGGAGAUGGGACACGGGGGUGCUCAGUGCCCGGCACCGCGUGGUCACCCCGUGGCAUGGAAGGGGCCGGGGCUGCAGCGCCAGCACCCACCUCCCAGUGUCCCCCCAGGGGCAGGGGCUACUCACGGGCCAGGCACCAGCAUGCUGAGGGGCUGGUCGCAGGACAAGCUCUGGAAAUGGGCCAGCAGCUGCCUGGAGGAGGGAGAAAAGGGCUGGGCCAGCUCCUGGGGGGCACGCAGCCCUGCCUGCACGCAGCGGUGUCCCCAAAGCCACCGCUGUCCCUAUGGCACUCACUUCUUGAUCCCAUCCGCCUCACCAGCCGCUGCUUGCGACACCUUCUCCUCCAGCUGCUCCUGGAGGCUGUUCCAUUGCUCCUCCAGCUGCUGCCGGAACGGCCCCAGCUCCAGGCGGUCCAGCUGUGGACGGGAGCGCACCAGGAUGGGACGUCACGGUCCCCGGGGGCACGGCCGGCUGGGGACCCUCGGAGGGAUGAUGCCUUAGGCUGACAAGCCCCCAAGGUGUGCACAGUGGGGACGUGCCAGCCCUCACCUUGGAGUCCAUCUCUUCCCUGAGCUGUCGCUGGACCUGGUGCCAGCCCUGCUCCUGGCCUGCCACCCGGCUCGUCAAGUCCUCAAUCUUCUCUUUCAGCUGCUCCAUGCUUGCCUCGAACUGGCUCUGGCUGACUUUGUCGGCCAGGGAGGUUUUGUCAGCUUUCUAGCAACAGAGAAAGGCAGGAGAGCGCUGGGGGAGGGAUGGAGGGACGCUGGGCUGGGCCAGCUCCCAUCGGGAGGAGAGGCAGAAGGGGCUACAUGGCCCCGCUCACCCCAUCACUCCCGUGGGGUUGGUCCCACCAGCCAAAGGGACCCAAGCAGGGAGACAGAGGGACCUGGCGAGGGACCCACAGUGGCUCUGCAAGCCCUCCCUCCCCCUGACCGGUUCUGCCACAAAGCACCCGAGGGACAAGGGGCAUUUGUCACCCUGCCCAGGACACCCUUGUGUGGCGCCAGCUCCCCUCCAUGCCGUACCGCAUCGAUUCCCAGCAGCAGCUCCUCCUUGUCCGCUUUCUCCAUCUCCAGCCUCUCCACCCACCGCGACAGAGCCUUCCAGUGCAGAAAGCACCCGUGAUGCCACGGCACGGUGGCAGCUGCCACCCAGCCAGCCCAGCACCCCCCGCCUCCCCACCUUCCCCCAAAACCUCCCGGAAAGGCAUUUGAAACCAUUGCAGGGCUGCGAGCGGCUUGGCAGGCAGACAAAUCCCUGCUGGUCGCCAGCCUGGGCUCUGCCUGGAUGAUGCUCUGAGCCCGCGGAGGUUUCAGCCGCCCACCUCGAUGGAUUUCUGCUCCUGGCCGCGGUGAUCCAGGAGGUCCUUGAGGACGAUCCUGAGCUUGUCACAGUCCCCUUGCACCUGCGCAAGGCUGGCCUGGAGGUGGUUCAACAGCUGCCCAUCCUGCUGCAGGGAGGAACAUGACACGGUGGUGCUGUGCAAGGUGGGGCUGGCUGCCCCGUGGCCACAGACCCGGCUUACUUGGCUGGUGACGACAUGCUGGACCAGCUGGGCCAGCUGCACCCUGGUGUCCAAGAUGCCCCCUGCCAGCUCCUGCCCCGCGCUCUCCACUAUGGCUCUCAGCUCGUCCACCUGCAGGAAGGGGAGCAGGAGUCACCUCUGAGCAGGGUGGAUGCAGCCAACAAGCCCAGGUGCCAUGGAGGCUCAACAGCCCCAUCCAGCCAGGAGACGUGUCCAGGACCCCACCAGGACCACCCCAGCGAGCCGGAAGGUGCUCAGAGUGCUCCCCCUGGACCUCACCUGCUCCUGCAGCUGCUGGGUCCUCUUGGUCACCAACUGGUCCAGUGUGGCCUGGAUCAUCUCCUGCCGCGCAGACCUGGCCAGCAAGACGGGGCACAGGCAGGUUCAGCCUCCAGGGGCCGCUCGGGGGGUGUCCCUCACUCCCCCACACCAGGAUGCUCCAGCCCCCUGGGCUCCUCGCAGCCCUGCAGGCUGGGAAACCCUCUCCCGGCAUUUUACCCCAGCUGCAGGGGGAUCUGGUGGCUGCUGCCCGCUUUCCCGUCGGCUCCAGCCAGCCCCAGCUUUCCAAAGGCCUCCUCCAGCUGCCUGACCUGGGAACGGCGGUGGGGGCAGAGUCAGGGCACGGCCCCUGUGUCGUCCCAGCACAGGGGCCCUUUGGCUGCCCCUCCCUGCCCAAAUCCUCCCACCAUCCCCACAGCCUCUUUGGGGACUGCUGCCGGCUCACCUCCUGCUUCAUGUGCUGGAGCUCGUAGUCCAUACCCUGCAGGGAGGACAUCCAGCCGUGCAGGGAGGACACCUGGGUCUGGAUGUCGGCCAGGAUGUGAGCCAUGCUCUGCUGGCCUAUAGGGAACGGGCCAAGGGGACAUGUUGUCGGUGAGGUGGUCCCUGCCGACUUCUCAGGGGGCGCUGGUGUGCUCUGCGCCCCUUCUUGCAUCCACAGGGCAGCAGGCUGUGUCCCUGGAGUCCCCUCGCUGGUCCUGGGCACAGGCUCUGUCCCUGGUCCCUUCGGCCCCAGGGCUGAGCUUGCCCCACGCUGCUGGUCCAUGUCCAACUGGGGGGGCUUGACAGGGGCAGACUGGCCCCCAGUGCUCUCCUGGGAAGAGAAGGCGAAGAGGAGCAGGUUUACGGGCAGCCGUGCAGUGGUGAGGACAGACCCCAGGGCCCCUGCCAUGUCCCCCAGCCCUGUUCCCAAAGCCCGGCCUCAAGCUCAGCACGAGAGCCCAAAGGCAAAGGGAUCCUGGGGUCAGCCCGGCCACAUAGCCAGGGGGACUGGAACCCCGGCAUCACCGCCCAGCACCGCCAUCCCCGCCCAGCACCGCCAUCCCCUGGCCCAUGCCCCAGGGACUGACAAGAGCCUCUACCUUGGAGAUGCUGCUCUUUUUGGCUGCGAUCUUCAUCUGCCCCACGUCGUUGGCCAAGGAGGUGACCUGGGAGCUGCUGGUGGUCCCCUGCAGCAGCUCCUUCCCGGGCAGGUGCUCCUCCGGCUCCCGGGGCUGCUGCCCUGUGCCCUGGGCCCUGUCCUCCUCCUUCUCCAGGCCAGACUGGUCCUUGGUGGCCUGGUGUCCUCCCAGGAGGGCAGUUGGUCUGUGCCCCGGCUCCAGAACAGGCAGGUCCUGCAGUCCCAGGUGUCCCAGCAUGGACUGCAGCAGCCUGUGCAGCGACGGCAGGUCCACAGCCCCAUCGCCAGAUGUCCCGAUGGCAACAUCCAGCAGCUGGGACAGGGUGAGCGGGGCCAUCGCUGCCAUCCCGCAGAAAAUACGGAGCCUGAUCUGGGGGGACUGGAGCCUUUCUGCCUGGAGGGGCCUGGGAGGCUGUGAGGGAUGGUCAGCCGGCAGCUUCCUCCUCCUUGCCAAAAAAUUGAUCCAAAUGCCGAGAGUGAACAAAUACCAAGGGUGAUCCAACCGCCGAGAGUGAUCCAACCGCCAAGAGUGAUCCAGUCACCGAGAGUGAGCCAAACGCCAAGAGUGAUCCAAAUACCAAGAGUGAGCCAAAGCCAAGAGUGUGCCAAACGCCAAGAGAGAUCCAACCGCCGAGAGAAAUCCAAACGCCGAGAGUAAACCAACCGAAAAAAGUGAUCCAACCGCAGAAAACGAGCCAACCGCAAAAAGCGAUCCAGCCACCAGUGAAACAACCACCGGAGUGAUCACACGGGUGGGUGAUGGGUGACAGGACAAUGUGCUGUCCCUGUUGCUCAGCAACGCCCCACCCUGGAGCCAGCGGGCACCGCCCCGGGUCCCUGCAGCUGGCACUUGGCUGAAGGGAUCCACAGGGAUGGAGAUGCCGAGAGGUUCCCGGCGGCCUUUCACCCCUAAGAUGUGCCUGGUGCCGUCUCGUAUGUGGCAGCAGGGGACAUUUUUUUAAUGAUUUUAUUCCUGAGGUAUCCAAAUGCAUGACAGAGCUCAGCGUCUCCCCAGCCUCAGACACGGGAAUCGUGGAAGGCGGCUGCUGGCAGCAGCAACACACGGACUUCUAGCAAAGAGCCGCGUAAGCAGGGAAAAGAAGCGCAGAUGGGCACGUACUUCCACUCAACCCCGGGAAGUAUUCAAACGCCGGGAAGGGCUUUGAACCCGCCUGAUCCGUCAGACAAGUGCUCAAAAAAUAAUCAACAAGAACUCCUUUUCCCUUAUAAACCCGAGUCCAAGUGUCACACAGUCAGAGCACCCCCAGCUCUCUCCUUCGGCCGGGCACCCGAAGACAAUGUCCAAGGAAGGAUGAGCGUGGACAAGCAAGACCCAGAACAGACGCCUUGCUCUUCUAAGAGCUACGAGAUACCUGUUUUCAGGCAUUAAAAACAAAGCGCUUAGAUCUGAUGUGCGUGUGGAUUUUUUUUCCAAGGCCCUGAAUGCAAGGAGGGAGCAGAGAGAUGAGGAGAUGGGGACAAGGUGCACUGAGGCAAGAAGCUGAGCCUCUUUGGAGGGAUCCUCAGCCUUAACUCCAGUCACUGCAGAGCUGCCAGCUCAGCAGCUCUAGAGCUACGUCCAGGGACCGGUGGAGCUUUCUAGAAAGCCCUGGGGACUGGCAGGAAAAGCUGAAAGAGCCCUCAAGUGGCCCAGGGCCACCUGGCUUCCAAAAGAGCACAGCAGCUGUGCAGUGGGACAGCAAGAGCAAGGGCUGGAUCUCCGGGCAGAACACAAGAGAUCAGGCUGGGUGCUGAGGAGAUGGCAGGGACCACCCUGCACUGCGGCUGCUCCGCGGGGCACGAACGACACCGCAAGGCCGAACCCAUCAAUCAGCCUUUUCUCCCGGCAGGACGAGACUAAAGAGGGAAUAGAACCUCCAUCUCCUCCUGAUUUGGGGAGUAUUUGGAGCAAAGGGAGGUUCGUUCUGCCUGGGUCUCAAAACAACAUUUAAAUCCCCUACAACACUGUGGCAGAAUGCAACCCUCCCUCCCUCCUUCAGUAUGGCACAUGUCCCCCUUCUCCGCUACUUGAGGCUAACAGCUUCUUUUGUUUGGCCCAGAGCACCCUGGCUCCUGGGACAUUAGAAGAAGGGAGUGCCAAGGCACACUGAGCCGUGCCCAGUGUGAGGGAUGUUUGGAGGCUUCAUGGGCACCCACAGACAGUGUGGGGGUGCAGAGAAGCUUCUAGAGUGCCUACAGUCAGAUCUGAUCAGCCAGUAUAAAAACGGGACUCUCGUCGAGACUUGGCCCAUUGUCGCGGGUCUCUCGGAGCACGAGCAAGAUGCUGCCACCGAGAGCCGCCCCGGGAUGGAGACUGCGCUUGCCUCGCCGCCACGUGUGUAGGUAAAACUUCUCGCAGGAUUGCGAGUAUAUUUAUACUUUUCGUGGACAUAUGCACGUAUAACUUUCCGUGCUCCAUAUGAGCGCGUGUAAAAUUAAUCCUCACAGAAUCGCGGGUGUAUUUUCUUUCCGUGCACAUUUGCACAAGUACUUUAUUUCCUCGCACAAUCGCGAGUGGCCGCCAAGAGCCCCUCACACAAUCGCGAGUGUAUUUUCCUCCCGUGCUUCCACAUAAGCUCGUGUAGGAUUCCGUGCACAUUUGCAUGUGUAAAAUAACUCUCGCAGGACUGCGAGCGUAUUAUAAAUUUACUCUCGCGGAAUCGCGAGUGCACACUUUCCGUACUCACUACGAGUACGUGUAUCUCUUUAAAAAUAGUCCCGCACCGUGUUUAGGCAAGGGUGUACUCCUCCGGGACUCGGGGACGGCUCCGGCAUUGUUUUGGGUGAAGCCACGUGCAUGCACAUUGUGGACCGCCUGUUGUAUUAGUUGCUGUCUCAAUAAUUUUCCUCAACUGAUAUCCGAACCUGUAUUUAAGUCACUUUUGGAGUGCUAAAACGCUGUUUUUCACCCGUUCAAUAAAAGUUGCUUUUGGA